CGCCUGCAGCAAGCGCGGCUUUUGUCUCAAUUGCUAUUGUCUCACCGCGUCACUAUCGACUUUAAACAGAGGACAUCAACGGCUUUUUUGUUUGGUCGCCGCAUCCGUCGCAGACAAUACGAUAGUGAGGACCUUGCUGCCGUCCUUGAAACUCAGGGUCAAUGCGACGAGGAGCGGACAUCUCCUUGCUUCCUGCGUAUUCGCCAAGUCACUGCAAAGAUGCAUAUUCGCAGCUGCUAUUCUCACACACCACCUUCGUGAGAUGACAAAAACCGCGCAACUCCCGCAGCGCCAUCAAUUGUUGAACUUUAUCCAGCUUUCAACUUCCGCCACGAAACUGGCAUUUUGCCAUUUGAAUAUCUCUUCUACACCGCGCAGUCAACGUCACCACAAUUUCCUUUAACAUGGACCGACAAUCAUCGGGAUCCGUGGGGAGUGCCUCACCGGCGCGUACUCCGCAAAUCAACAGACCACUCGGUCGCAGUCGUCUUAGCGCAACGCCGCUCACCGAAACUCCACCGACGAGCACGAGUGCUGGCAGAGACGGCACGCCGGCAUCCGACAAAAUCUUGACCGGACGUGUCAAGAAGACACCGCGCAAAGUUUCCAACAGAAAAGAAGAUGUGUUGAGCGAAAAGGAGAAGGAAGAGGAGAGGCGGCAGCUGGACGAGAUGGACGAGGAAAGGAAGCUAUUCCCGGGCAGCGACGACUGGACAGACGAAGAGAACAGGCUCUUCCAGAUUCUGUAUAUGAGGCAGUACAGUCCUCUACUCCCAUCGCAUUGGGACAUGGACUUCCGAGGCAUCCCCAUCCCGGAUGUUCUCUUUGCAAGCUCUGAUGCGCACCCGCCCAUCAUCAACUCAAGAAGUGGAAACGACUUCAAGGCGACGAGAGCACUUGCUCGGCUCAUUGAGCUGACGGCGCAUGUGCGAGGCUUGUGCCAAACACGCCAAAGACACAGAGCACGCGCUCUUAUUGAAAAGGAACUCCACGAAUAUGCGAAAUGGGCCGAACAAGACGGUGGAUACAACAGCCUCGAGUAUUUGCCAAAUCUCGUCAUCGACAUGGUGGACACCAAAACGUCGCCUCAAGCUAUUGAAGAGCACAUGCAGUUUCGCCUCAAGGCGGCUGCCGCUACGCAUCGCGCUCACUGGAGGAACGAUGCAGCGAAUCCUGACUAUGGAGAAGACGAGGAUGAAGAUGCCGACAUCGAGGACAAUAGAGUUGUCCUUGUGCCUGACACGUAUCAGACACCGUCGCCAAAGAAACCGCGCACGUUGCGCCCUUCUACUCCUCCAAGCAACGGAGCCAAAUACGACGAUGGCCAGAAGCACGAAAUACUGGGCUCGAAGCUCCUCAGUCCGGCGAGGCAGUCUUCGCCUUGGCAGGAAGAAGAGUACACCCGUCAGCCGCCCGUGAUAUACGGGCUUUUCAUUGUCAACACAUCUGUCAUGGUUCUCACCAUUGACUCUGCGAAAGAAGGGGAUGAGGCCUACGUCAGUUAUCAAGUUGAGGUUGGUCUCAGCAAAAACUACCAGGCAGUUUGGAAUGCCAUUACCAUCGCUAUAGUGGUUUGCCUCGCGAGAGACGCAAUGAUGGAAAUGAAGGAGGACUUCAACACUUCAAUCGUUAACGGGGACAGCGACCCUGACGCUUGAUACGACGGAACGAAGGAAU